CUUUUUUCAUUUGCGAGGAAAAUACAAAAAAGUAAAAAGAAGACAGCUCAAGGGGUGUAGGAGGGAAGAGUGGAGAGUAAUACACCUUUUUUUCAUUGGUUAGUUCAUCUAUCAUGGAGCCAUGGUAUCGAGCACUCCACCUUAGCAACAAGGCACGAGAGGAGCAGAAACGAGAACGUGAAGAGAGGGAGAAACGAGAGGAGCAGGAGAAGCAGAAGGAGCACAAGGAGCAGAAGGAGCAGAAGGAGCAGAAGGAACAGGGAAAGCAGGAAGUGCAGGAGAUACGAGAGAAGCGAGAGGAGCGGGAGGAGCGGGAGGAGCGGGAGAAGCGAAGGAAACUAGAGGAGCAGAAGAUGCGAGAGGCGCAAGAGCUAGAGGACAGUUUUAUAUCACUAGUGCAGGCCGCCAGAAACGAUGAGCAUUUCUCAGAGUUUCUAUUCGAAAUAUUCCUCUAUGAACUUGCAGCUAGACUGGGAACGAGUUCAGGCGCUUCAGCUGUAGUAUCUCUUCAACUUCUAUUCCAAUCAACCUCGCUAGCGGCUUCAUUCAUGGUGGAGUAUAAUGUCGGGUCCGAACCAGAAGCAUGGAAGUCUAGAAGCGAAGGGCUCCAACUAGACCCUCAAGGGCACCCUAAAAAUAUUCCAGAGUUCUGUCAAAUGUUUGUUGCCACCGCUCCGUAUGCUUUAUCGCCUGAAAAUGUCUAUCGUUAUUUGAAGGACGAGUGGCGAGUGAACCGACUGUUCACUAAAGAGAUCAAAGUCAACAAUGUUACUUGCACAUUGCCUGAACUGACCCCAGAGGAUCAUAAGCACUUCCAACAACAAUAUGCAAAGAUCAGACCAGAGUUCCAGGAUCGAUUCUCGGUUAUUGUUGAUGGCUGUCGCAAGUUUAUAUGGUACCAUCAAGGAUCAGGUGGUGGUUCUGUGUUUAUAAGCAAUGGCAUGGUGGGAGUUGAGAAGUACACGAGCAAGUAUAAUGCAGAUUUGAUCAAGAAGUGGAAACUGGAUGAGAAAUCUAAAUCAUCAACUGCAGCUCCGAAUACUGUAAAAUGUAUCACAUCUAAUCAUGUUGCUUCAACCACAUCAUCACCAAGCUUAAGCUCGGGAGCAACCUCAAUAGCAGGCAGUAUAUCCAAAGAUAAGGAAGAAGAAGAUGGAAAGGGAGGAAGGAAAGAAGAGAAAGAUGAAGCAGGGUUGACCAAACCUCUGUCCAAAAAUGCAAAGAAAAGGGCCAAGAAGGAGGCGGCGGCAGCAGUGGCAGCUAUUGCUAAGAAAAACGCCCCUCUUCCUCACUCUGGGUUAGUUGAGGCCACUCCAACGACAUCAGCGUCAACAUCAGCAUCAUCAUCAGCACCAUCAUUAGUAUCAGCAUCAACAUCAGCAUCAACAUUAGCAUCAAUGCCAGCAGAGACGGCAAAAUCAGCAGAAACAGCAUCAAUCACUUUAAACACUCCAUCCGCAAUGCAACCUGCUUCCACUUUACCUUCUUCACCAUUACCAGUGUCAUCAUCCAAGCCAGCACAGGAAAAAGGUAUCGGUGCAUGGCCAUAUGCUUAUAAGAAACACAUAUCCGUAUAAAGCAAGAGAUGCAAUCUGAACUCACCCAGAGCAAAGAUAUAAUAGGGGUACAUGAAUGCAAUCCCCUUCGUAACCAGUUGUUGUCAAUUGCUAUAGAUACUUUCAAUGCACAGGAAGCCGAGCGGCCCCAAAAGCUAGAA